AUGGGACGCUUAUCUAUUGGAAAACGAAAUAGAAUACAUUCACUUAUUCAAGAGGGGUUUCCGUCUCGUUUUAUUGCUUCCCGUGAAAAGGUUGCUCAAUCUACUAUUAUUAGAAUAAAGCAGAAGGUGGAGGCUACAGGUUCU